GGUUAUCACCACCAGCAGCUCUUCGGCUCCGCGUACGACCUGAUGGUCGGCUGGUUUGAGAGCGAGGACAUGGACGUCGGGAAGCGCGGCACGCAGAAUGCUGUGCUUCAGGUGGUGUGGAGCUUCGCGGUGGCCGGCUUCCACACGCGGUACGAGUCAUUCGCGGCGUUCUUAGACUACGUGUUCUUCGCCGAGCUCGCGGACCGGCGCCCUUUGCAGCUGCACAGGCUGGCGCAGCUGGCCGACAUGAGCCUGCAGGAGGCCCCGGAGGUUGCCCGCCUGUGCCAGUACCCGGAGCGCCUGGCCGCGGCCCGCACGGACCCGCGGGUGAGGAGCCUGGUGUCUGCGGAGCCCGCCGCCGAGCCGCAGCUGCUCCAGGAGGUGGUAGCCGCCCUCCGCGGUAUGGGCCGGGCGCACGAGGUGCGCAAGGUGCCGGACGGCACCUCGCCGUUCGCCCCGGACGUGUCCCUGGAGGAGGGCGGGCGCAAGGUCGGGCUGCUCACGGCCGGGCAGCACGAGCUCCUCCGGAGCGGGCCGCCGGGCACGAACUUCUCCGGCGCCGCGGAGGCGGGCGCGCCGGCCCUGCGGCGCCGGCUGCUGCGGAGCCGAGGCUGGCAGACGGCGUUGGUCGAUGCCCCCUCCUGGGCCGCCCUGCGUGGCGGCGAGGAGCAGCAGGCCCACCUGGAGCGGCUGUUGAGCGCAGCCGCGGGCGAGGGGGCGGACUGACCUCCGCGCGCGCGCACAAAGAGGCAUCUUGUUCUCGACCCCGCCC